AUGAGCAACGAAAGCGAUCAAGCAGCAACGGCGGACGGCGGCGGUUCGGGUCGUACCGGAUCGGCGGUGGAUUCGGAUCCGAGUCAGCAUCAUCACCAUUACCAGCACCAUCAGCAGCGGCAUCAUCAUCAUAUCAUGUCGACUAGCGUCGAAGAGGAAGAAAUCGAAGAGUCCACGGAACAGGACGCGGUCGAAACGGCACCGGCCGCCAGUUCCAGUCCGACGGUGGCCAACAGUAGCAACCUGCAGCAGCAGCAGCAGCACAGACCGCCGCAUCAGCAGCGUGUCCAGCAGACGUACAAAAAUGUCCACGAAUUCUCCGAGGAAAUGCUGGAAACGGAAAAGGCCGGCCUGGUGGAACGCGUUUACGACCUCGAACGGCAGGUGCUCGAACACAAAGAUGAGAUCGUCUGCCUCAAGUCUACGCUGGCCGACGUACUGCGCCGGCUGGCCACCAUCGAUAACAGCUACGAGAAUCACCCCCAUCACCACCAUCAUCAGCAUCACCUCAACAGCAGCGGAGGCGGCGGUGGUGGCGGCGGCGCCGGCAACAACAACAGCACCAUGAUGCGAGGCGGAAUUAUGUCGGCCUCGGCCGAUAACGGCGCCAUGGUGGGACAGAAUAGUUUAUCUAGCAAAAGUUUCCGCUUCUCGCGCAACACCCUCACGAGGCUGAACUCUAGCGUCGAAGAUAAGCGCUUUGGACGCGCUCCGUCGCGGGUAACGAGCUCACCGUCGCGGGUGGCCGCCGGUGGCAAGACGAGUACCCUCGCGCAGAAGGCCAUCCACUACUCGAACGGAUCGCUCCACUCGGACUCGCUGAGCAGCCAUUCGAUAUCGCCCGCACCGUCCCCUUCGCCACGGCAACCGAGUGCGGCCACCGCCUCCUCGACGGCGCAUCACGCGCUGCUGGCGUCGUCCGGAAUGGGCAAACGGUGGUCCUCGACGGGAGACUUUGUCAGCACGACACCCGGCAGUCCGAGUGGUAGCAGCGCCAGCAUGUCGCGGUUUUCGGCCAAAUCGCUGCUCAAUCUCAGCGGCAACCCGGCGAGCCGCCAGGGCCAGUCGCAUCCGUACGUGCAGCGGAAGAACGACGACGAUGAGUACGUGAAACUGUACAUCAGUGGGCGGCCGAUCGUGAUCCACGUGCCCGAGGCGCAGCUGCCAACGUACGAUCUGACGAAGGUGCAACCCGCCCCGAACCGCCGGCUGCGCCUCGACUGGGCGUACGGGUACCGGGGCAAGGACUGUCGCUCGAACCUCUACCAGCUGCCCACCGGUGAGAUGGUUUACUUCGUGGCAGCGGUCGUUAUCCUUUACAACAUGGACGAGCACACGCAGCGUCACUACCUGGGACACACGGACGAUGUGAAAAGUUUGGCCGUUCACCCGAACAAGCUGCUGGUGGCGAGCGGGCAGUGCGGAGGGCACGAGGGACGCGAAUCAUUGCCCCACAUUCUCAUCUGGAACUCGGUGUCGCUCGCGACGCUCAACAUGAUCGGGUGCGGCGAGUUCACCGGGGCCAUCAACUGUCUCUCGUUCAGCCGGGCGGACAGUGGCAGCAUACUGGCGGCGAUUGACGAUUCGCCCGACAAGAUCAUCUCGAUCUGGGACUGGCAGAAGAAGGAGGGUGGCCGCAAGAUCACGGAGACGAAGUGCUCCGUCGACACGGUGGUGGCGGUCGAGUUUCAUCCGCUCGAUAAGGGUCAGAUCAUAACGAUCGGCAAGAAUCACAUCGCGUUCUGGUCGCUCGACCAGCACGGGAUGCUGUACAAGCGGAUGGGUGUGUUCGAGAGCUUCGAGAAACCAAAGUACGUCACGGCCAUCACGUUCACGCAGACCGGCGACGUCGUGACGGGCGAUUCCGGCGGCAAUCUGGCCGUCUGGAAGCGGGGCACCAACGUGAUCAGCAGGUUUCUGAAGAAAGUGCACGACGGGCCCGUCUUUACGAUCUGUGCCCUGCGGAACGGGGGGUUCGUGACGGGCGGAAAGGACGGGCUGUUGCUGUUGUUCGACGAGGCGCUGCACAUGAAGGCGGAACAGAUCGUCGAAGCGCACUUCGGUUCGGUGAGGGUCGUGGCGCAGGGAAAGGGCUCCCAGUUGCUGAUCGGAACGACCCGGAACUGCAUCCUGUCCGGGGACUUUACGCUCAGCCUCGUGCCGAUCGUGAUGGGACACACCGAUAUCCUGUGGUCGCUGGCCACCCACCCGCAGGUGGCACAGUUCGUGACCGGCGGCAAGGACCGGUUGUUGCAGCUGUGGGAUUCCCUGUCGCACUCGGUCGUGUGGAGCAAGGACAUCGGCGAACCGAUCUUCUCCGUCGCGAUCGCCAACCCGGGCGACGUGAUCGUCAUCGGGGGCGCUGCCGGGCGCUGGUCGGUGUUCGAUAUCGUCACACGCGAGCUGCUGGCCACGUACACCGACGGAUCGGACGUGCUGCAGUGUCUACAGUUCUCGCCCGACGGCAACCUGCUUGCGCUCGGUUCCAAAGACAACGCCAUCUACAUCUACCAGUGCUCGAAGGUUCCGCAUCGGUUUUCCAAGAUCGGCAAGUGCACGGGACAUUCCAGCUUCAUAUCGCACCUCGAUUGGUCCAAGGAUAGCCAAGUGCUCAGGUCCAACUCUGGUGAUUACGAAAUUCUCUAUUGGAACCCAACGCUCUGUCGGCAGAUAACGGUCCAAAGAACGGUGAAGAAUCUGGAGUGGGCGACACAGAACUGUUCGGUGAGCUUCGAAACGCUCGGUAUCUGGCCGGAGAACUUUGACGGCACGGACAUCAACAGCGUAUGCAAGGAUAACGAGGAACAGUUUCUCGUGUGUGCCGAUGAUUUCGGCAAGAUUCGGCUCUUCAGCUAUCCCGCUUCGCAGCCAAAGUCGCUAUCGCAUAGCUACCGAGGACACAGCAGUCAUGUUACGGCCGUUAGGUUCAUGCACGACGGACUCCGCUUGCUGUCGGCUGGCGGGCUAGACACGAGCGUCCUACAAUGGCGAGUAGUGUAGAAGAAGCCGCAGAGAAGGAGCGAAACCGUCCAAACGGCUCGUGUGACACAUCAUUCAGCGACGCAUUUCUUAAAUUACAAAUCACUACUUUUUAUACCUCCCUCAACGGCACACAACGAAAAUGUGCUGACCCGGGUCGGAAGGACAAUGUUUAGAACAAAGUAUAUUUUAUUUUUAGCACCCCAAGCACCAACACACUAACUUAUUGUUUUAUCACUGAUAUCGAAGUAGGGUAACGA